AUGUCUACAGAAGAAGAACAAGUUAAAGUUUUUGAAUUUGAUGAAGUUGCUAAACACACAACCCACGAUGACUGUUGGGUAAUCAUCAACGGUAAAGUUUACAAUGUUUCAAGCUAUAUCGAUGAACAUCCAGGUGGAGAAGAAGUUAUCUUGGACGUUGCUGGAUCUGAUGCUACUGAGGCAUUUGACGAUAUCGGACACUCUGACGAAGCUCACGAGAUUUUGGAGAAAUUAUACUUGGGUAACUUGAAGGGUGCCAAACCAGUUGAAGCCAAGAGAGCUCAAGCAUACUCAUCCACUGAGAGCUCGGUCAACUUCCCAUUGAUUGCAGUUGCAGUGUUCCUUUUGGCUUUUGGUGCUUACUACUACAAGAACAAUCUUUAG